AAAUAGACGGACAAUUAAUUUUUAUAAUUAUUUUAUGUACCUCACGAAUCACGGCUACACGGCUACACUUAACGACUUAACAAUUUUAUUUAAAAAUAUUUAUUACAAGCCAUUUUUUUAUCAUGGAUACACAAGAAAAUUGGAAAAAUGUAUCCUUACUUGUUUGUGUAUUUGCUAUGAUUAGAGAAAUUCGACCAAUUAAACCGUUUAUUACCUCAUACCUGAAAAGUAUGAAUUUUACAUUGAACCAGAUAAAUGAAGAGAUAUAUGCUGUGGGAACUUAUUCGUGUCUAGUAUUGGCCAUUAUAGUAUUCUUAAUAACAGAUUAUUUUCGGUACAAACCGUUGAUCAUUGCAGAUGGAAUUGCUGGAAUUGUUACAUACGUAUUACUAUUAGGAACACCAAGUUUAUUCAGAGUUCAAAUAGGACAAAUUUUUUUUGGAUUUUUUUAUGCAUCAGAAGUUGCAUUCACUACAUAUUUGUAUGCCAAGGUCGACAACAAACAAUUAUACCAAAAAAUCACCAGUAUAGUGAAAGCAUCUAUAUUAUUCGGCCGAUUCCUGUCCGGGUUAAUUGCACAAAUUAUUGUUUCCACAAAUCUAUUGGAAGAGGUUUAUCUACUGUACAUUAGUAUAUUAAGUACUUUAUUUGUGACGAUUUGGGCAUUUUUUCUACCUAAAGUGGAGUACAGUCUAUACUUUCACACAAAAAAGGAAUUUACAGAAAACAUUAAGUUGCAUCAAUCUAAUAAUGAGGUUGCCAUUCAUGAAAAUGCUGCAAACGACGUUCCUACAAUUUCAAAAUUAAUUAAAAUUAAAAAAGUUAAGCAGAUGAUUUUUGAUGAUUUUCAAUCUGCAUAUACAAAUACUUAUGUAGUGAAAAAAUGUUUUUGGUGGAUAUUUGCAUUUGUUGGUCAUUUUAUAGUUGGAUUGUUUAUUCAAGUUUUAUGGGAUGAUGCUAACAAUAAUAAAAAGUAUCUGAUGAAUGGUGCUGUCGAGUCUAUACACACUCUUUGUGGUGCAGCAGGUGCAUAUGCAGUUGGUCACUUGCACCAUGAUUGGAAAAAAUUUGGUGAUAUUAUAUUUACCGUUGGAACAUUUGUUUUGGCUUUAUUAUUAUUCAUUAUAUAUUUUUGCAAUACGUUAUGGAUAUUAUACUUGGUCUACAUAAUAUUUGGUACUUGUUUCCAAGUAUUGUUAACUAUCACUACCUCUGAAGUUGCAAAACAUAUAAAACCUGAUAGUUAUGGACUAAUAUUUGGUUUUAAUUUGUUUAUGUCAUUAUUGAUUAUCUCAAUAUAUACAUUAUUAUUUAUCCAAGGCCUAAUUGUUGUAAUAGGGACAAAAAAUCAAAUAUUAUCAGUUUCUCUGAUGUUUGCUUCGAUGUCUGCAUUGCUAUUUAUCGCGGCUGUUUGGAAGUUCGCAAAAUCUGUGAAAUAACGAAGAAUGCUUUAUUAAAAAAAGCAUAAACUUAUUAGUUAUCUUAGACCCAUCAAUCAAAUUGGUUGAAUACGUACAUAUCGAUGUAAUAAAUCAUAUUAUGCCUUUUAAAUAGGUUUUUUUUUAAAUAUCAAAGUUUAGAUGUAAAUUAUCGUUUGAAGAAGAUUAGAUAUUUUGAUGGUUUAUAUUAUAAUCGUUCAACUAGAUAAUAGACGCGUAAUAAACUUAAGGGCUUAUAAAUAUUUAUACUUGUACAUUGCAUCAUUUUAAUUAAAAAUAAAAAGUUGAGAUUGA